AUGAUCUUUGAACAACAUUAGUGCCACAUUAAGAUAAACAUAUCGAUUGCGUUGUGCAACUCCAUUUAACUCCAUUGACAACAACGUGACAGAAACACAAUUUGGACAAUUUGUAUCACUAUACAAUGCCAUGAGUGACCUCAAAGUAGAGUUGUCUGUGCCUUUUCCAAGUGCCAGAGAAGCAGAAGUUGUAUAUCAAGUGCUUCGAGUCGAUGAGGAACCACCGCGUAGUGAAGCCACAAAGAAUCUUACAUUAAAUAAUAAUAUUUUAGAAGUAUCAUUCAGUGGUAAGGAAGCAAGGAAAAUACGUGUGGCACUUACAUCCUUCUUUGAUAAUCUACUACUGGUCACAGAAACCAUCGAAAAAUUUGGUCCACCCGAGUCGACAUAUAGUCAUUACGGAGCCAACAAUUAGCCAAUUAUAUUUACC